AUGGGUGAGGAUACAAGUCCUGCGCUGCAAGUCAUCGUGCUGGGCUCCGGCGGCGGUCCUUUGGAAUCGAACAUCACGGCCUUUCUCGUCCGUGCCGUUUCCCAGGACUGGUCUAAGGGAUCCAUCAUCGCCGUCGACGCCGGCGUUCACCUCUCGGCCAUCACCCGCCUCAUCGAGGAGGCCACGCCGUCGCCUCCCCCGACGUCUCUUCCCUUCACCCUCGCAACCGGACCCUUUGCCGGCCUGUCGUUGCCCUACAGCUCACCGGCGGCCAACGCGGCGCACAUGACUCGGAAUCUCAUCGACACCUAUCUCAUCACCCAUCCUCACCUCGACCACAUCUCCGGCUUCGUCAUCAACACGGCCGGCCUGCCGGGGACGCGGCCGAAGAAGCUCGCCGGAUUGCCGAGCACCAUCCAGGCCCUCAAGAGGCACGUCUUCAACAAUGUCAUCUGGCCGAAUCUGAGCGACGAAAACAACGGCGCCGGCCUCUUGACCUACCUACGCCUCGUCGAAGGCGGAAGCCCCGCGCUCGGUGACGGUCAGGGCAAGGGCUACCUCGAGGUCUGCGAUGGCCUUCUCGUCAAGACGUGGAGCGUCAGCCACGGCCACUGCAUCGAAAGGCACUUCCACAGCGGCUCGGCCCCGAGCACGUCGCCUCGGUCCGGCAGCCGCGACUUCUCCGCCCCGAUGCCACGCCGAGACUUGCCCGGCCAGCAGAGCUUCCGGGGCCAGACGUCGCUCAGCCAGCCGUCUUUCGACGGCAUCACCCCUCUAUUCACCGCCGUGAGUGAGCAGGAGAGGCCGGAAAAGUACUGCGUCUACGACUCGAGCGCCUACUUCAUCCAGGACGUCGCCCACCGGCGCGAGGUGCUCAUCUUUGGCGACGUCGAGCCCGACACCAUCUCGCUGAACCCGCGCAACCGCGGCAUCUGGCUCGAGGCGGCGCCCAAGAUAGCGGGCGGCACCCUCGCCGCCAUCCUCAUCGAGUGCAGCUACGACGACUCCCGGAGCAACGACCGGCUGUUUGGCCACAUGAAACCCGUCUUCGUCGUCGAGGAGCUGCUCGUCUUGGCCGCCGAGGUCGAGGCCGUCCGCAGGCUUGGCCGCGCCGCCGAGUGCCGAAAACGCAAGAGGCUGAGCGUCGGCGAGGAACCCUUCAGCCACCGGCCCAAGCCCUCGAGCAGGCGACCCGCAGCCCACGACGAACCGGUGUCGCCCAAGUCGGUCAAGACGCCGCUGUACAAGCCCGUCGACGGAACGGACACGCCUCAUCUCCCGACGCCGACGGACGAACCUUGGCUCGGCGACGUCGAAUCCAUCGACCCCGGCCCCGUCGCCGCGCCUGCGGCACGUCCGCUCGAAGGGCUCAAGGUCGUCAUAAUGCACGUCAAGGAGGCGUUGGUGGACGGACCCGACGUUGGCGAUACGAUCCUUCGGCAGCUGCGGGAGCACGAACAGGACGCCCAGCUCGGCUGCGAGUUUAUCGUAUCGAGGUCGGGUCAGAGCAUGUAUCUCUGA